AUGCCUCGUUCAUUUUUGGUGAAAAGCAAAAAAGCGCACAGCUACCACCAGCCCCGGAGUUUGGAGGAUGACUACAGUAGACUGGACACGAUACUGGCACAGAUCUGCUCAGACGCGGACAGAGUGUCUGAAGACCUGGACGUGUCCCUGGACCUCUCAGUGGACCGCUGCGGCCUGUCUCCGCACUCCCACAUCCUGGACGUGGUUCACUUUUCUCCCAAAUCGUCGCUGAGCUGCGUGGACAGCGGCUGCGAGCGCUCCCCAGACUAUGAGGACUACUGGAGGCCACCGUCUCCAUCCGCCUCGCCAGCAUCAGAGAAGUCUUUGUCUCCUUUGGUGGACGACAACCAGCACUUCACAGUCCCGUUCCGGCCGUACGCGUGGGACAGCCCCCCGGGUCCGAGGCAACUCCUGCAGCCACAAGGCCUCUCCUCACACCGGGUGGAUCUGGAGCGCAGUCCGGGCUCCGCUGUCGCUUUUUACGGUAACCGAAGCCCCGUCAUGUAUCCAGAGGACUGCAGUUACGGAGACUACCGGAGACACACCGCGUCGCUGCUCUUUCCGGACAUGAAAAACCACGAAGCCAAAGCCCAAGACCUGCUGUGCUCCAGCCUCCUCCUCAGCGGGGCCUACAAGUGCAUCAAGUGCAGCAAAGUUUUCUCGACACCACAUGGCCUGGAGGUACACGUACGCAGGUCUCACAGCGGGACGCGGCCUUUUGCGUGUGAAAUCUGCGGGAAGACGUUUGGGCACGCAGUCAGCUUGGAGCAGCACAAAGCCGUGCAUUCACAGGAGAGGAGCUUCGACUGUAAAAUCUGCGGGAAGAGUUUCAAGCGUUCGUCCACGCUGUCCACGCACCUGCUCAUCCACUCGGACACGCGGCCCUACCCGUGCCAAUACUGCGGCAAGAGGUUCCACCAGAAGUCCGACAUGAAGAAACACACGUUCAUCCACACAGGAGAGAAGCCGCACAAAUGCCAGGUCUGCGGGAAGGCGUUCAGUCAGAGCUCGAACCUGAUCACGCACAGCCGGAAGCACACGGGCUACAAGCCGUUUGGAUGCGACAUGUGCGGGAAGGGCUUCCAGAGGAAAGUGGACCUGAGGCGGCACAAAGAGACGCAGCACGGACUCAAAUAG